AUGUUUACAAGAAGAAGAACAACUAAUCAACCGCAGCAAAAUGUAUAUAAGGGGGUAGGAAUUAAUAAUAAUACCAAUCCAGGAGCAUUAGCUGCUGCAAAAACAAUUGGAAAUGCGAUGAAACAAAAGAAUACUAGCAAUAAUACAGCAAAUGUAAAUAUACCAAGAUCACAAUCAUUUCAACAACCAUCAACGAAUAUAAACUCAAAUGGAAGUCUUUUAAAACGAGGUUCAAGGUCUAGUUUCCAACAACCACAACAGCAACAACAACAACAAUCUCGUAGAUUUUCAAAUGGUUCUUUUUCAUCGUCAACUUCAAAUAAUUCACCAAUGACAAAUGAUUCAUAUAAUAGACCAAUAGUAUAUGAUAUAGAUGAUAGUUUUAAUGAUUCAUAUUUAGAUGAAAUUACUGAAGAAUCAACUCAAGUUUAUUUAAAUAAUAAAAAAAAUUUACAAGAUUUAAAAUUACCACUGCAUCAAACUGAAAUUCAAAAACCAGUUAAAAUGAUUAAAAAAUAUAUUCCAAGUCCAACUGGUAUUAAAGUGAUUGAAGUUCCAGAAUCAAGUUUUGAAAAAGAAAUAGCAAGACAUAAUUCAAUGAGAUCAAAUUCAUUAAUGUCAAGAUCAAAUUCAAUGAGAAAUGUUUCACAAAAAAAAUCAACUUCAAGAUCUUCAUCAUUAACUAAUAAACAACAAAAACCAAUUCAACAGAAAAGAGCAGUAAGUUCACCAUUAAAAAUGCAAUCAAUGAAUGAAAAUGUUGAUUUAGAAGAAAAAUUAGGUAAAACUCAAGAAAAACAAGCACAAGAAGCUAAAUUAAAAGCUUUAGAACAAGAAAUUGAACGUGAAAAACAAUUAGCAAAAGAUUUGGAAUUGAAAAGAUUAGAAUAUGAAAGAUUGAAAAAGGAAAGACUUGAAAAUGAAAAGAGAAUGCAAGAAUUACAAUUGAAAGAAGCUCAAAAUUAUAUAGAGCAAGAUUCAAUCUAUGAAGAAGAUGAAGAUGAGGAAGAUGAACCAAUUAACAAGCCAAAUGGUGCAGUUAAUGAAUUGGAUAAAAUAAAAGAAGAAGAAGUAGGCAAGGAUUAUAAACAUGAAGAAGAAGUUGGAGAUGAUACAUUAGAAGAUUAUACUGAAAGUUCUGUUAGAAUAUCAGUACCAGUUAAAGCCGAAACUAUUGAAAGACCACAAUUAGCAAAAUUAAAUUCAGAAUACACAAAUAGUGAAGCUACUGAAUCAAAUUUGGAUUUGACUGAUUUUAAAAGUUUGGAUCCACGUGGUUCAACUACCGAAUUAGGUGUAAUUAAUCAAUAUAGUGAAUUAAAAGGUUCAGAUUUAGAAGAAGAAGAUGAUGAUGAUGAAAUUGUCGACAUACCAGAAGCUGUAAAUGAAACUUUCGAAUCACAAGUUGAACCAGAAAUUCAACUACAAAAAGUAGUAGAUGAAUCAGAACUUGAACAUAAUCAAGAGUCACAAACGUUUAAAACACCACAAGAAUCAAAUAUAACCACUAGUUCAAAAGCUGAAAGUUCAGAUACUUUAUUACCACCAGUAAUUGCUACUGCAACAAAUUCAAGUUCAAAAUCAUCAGUUUAUUCUGGUGAUUCAAAUAAGAGACCAAUGAAAUCAGCAAUGAAAUCAUCAACUUCAUUCACUCAAUUACCCCAACAACAACAACCCAAUAACGCAGCCAAAUCAAAUGCAGCACAUCAAGCUUAUUUAUCAUUAACAACAGCAGAAAAUACAAGAUUAAAUUCAAAAUUAUCAAAUUCUCAAUUGGCUAGUCAAAAUCCAAUUCCAAAUCAAGUACAAGGUCAACAUCAACAUCAACAGCAGCAACAACAACAACAUCCAGAUAUUUCAUCGAACGAUCUUUAUUCAAGUGGUGCUGGAGGUGCAUAUCCACAAUUUGCUGCAUCACAAUUUCAAAAACAACCAAUGAAAAGAUUGUCACAACAAACAUUAAGAAAAGCUCCACCACCUCAACAACAACAAACACAACAACCACAACAACAAGAAUAUAGAUUAUCAAUGAGACCACAACAGCAACAACAACAACAACAAGUUCAACAGCAACAACCACAACAAAGAUUAUCAAUGAGAGCACCCCCUCAACAACAACAAAAACAACCUCAAGGAAUGAGUAAUAGAUCAUUACGUCCAAAUUCUCAAGUUCAACCAAUUGCUCCUCAUCCAGCAUUACAACCAGGUUACAUUUCCCCAUCAAAAAUAAAAGCACAAGAAUUAUAUUCAAAAGCUCAACAAAGACCUUAUUCAAAUUUUAAUCCACCUGCAAGAAAUCCAAAUAGACCUAAAUCAACAACAAAAGAACCAAGAAUUACAUUAAGAGAUUCUCAACCACCUUCAGCUACUCAAAAUAAUGGUUCUACUCCAAUAUAUCCCCAAACUCAAACUCAAGAACAACAACCUUCUGGUAGUGGUGAUGGAUUCAAAUCUAGAUUUGCUGAUUCUGAUGAUGAUUUACCUUUGAAAAAGACAUUUGGUUCAAGAUUUAAUGAUUCUGAUGAAGAUUUACCAAAAUCCAAUUCAAAUAAUUUUCAAAAUUCUUUCAAUCAACCACCACCACUGCAACAACAACAACAACAACAGCAAAUAUAUAAUUCUCAACCUCAAUUAAAAGAGAAGAAGAAAUUUGGGGGUAAAUUAAAGAAAUUAUUUUCUAAAAAGUAA